CAGAGAACUCUGCACAUGCCCCGGACCAUCCGAUUCGGGGAGGGAGGGAGAGCGGAGAGCCGGCUGUGCUCAGCUUGCGAAGGGUUCUACAGAGCUGGGGUCCUAGAGAGGACAGGAAGUAGAGACAGCAGGGGGCAGGUCCUCCAGAGCAGAUUCCUCCCCCCCCCCGUGCCCAGUCCCUUCCGGCAUCUCUGGUCUCCUCCACGAGCUGCCUCGGUUUCCCUUCUGGGGAUAAUCCGGUUCCUCGACUCAUCAGGAAGGAUGAAAGAGACGGAUCCUGCAAAGCUAGCGAGGAUGGAAGGGGGAAGAUGGACGGUUGACCUGGUCAGGUUGUCUUCCGCAUCCCUCCCCACAACCUCUGAGCGUUCCCUGUCAGGGAACUCUGAGAGAUCUGGUGACGUGGAUGGAUGGAGCUCGAGAGAUGGUGAAGAAUUGGAAGAGAAGAACAAGGGGGACCAGAACAGAAUCCACAUAGCAGAGAAGUCAUAUAAAUAUUCAGAGUGUGGAGAGAACAUCCGUCAGAGCUCCCAGUCCACCUCCCAUCAAAGAAAGAGCUUCGUUAGGAGGGAUAGCUUCACUUCACAUGAAAGAACAAAGAGUAGGGAGAAAUUGUAUCAGUGCAGAGAAUGUGGAAAGAGUUUCACUCGGAAGGGCAGUCUCGCUUCCCAUCAUAGAAUUCAUACAGGAGAGAAACCCUAUAACUGCAUGGAAUGUGGAAAGAGCUUUAGUUACAGCCACCAUCUCACUUCCCAUCAAAGAAUUCAUACAGGGGAGAAACCCUAUCAGUGCUUCGAAUGUGGAAAGAGCUUCAGAAAAAGUUCCCAUCUCAGUUCUCAUCAAAGAAUUCAUACAGGGGAGAAACCCUAUCAGUGCUUCGAAUGUGGAAAGAGCUUCAGAAAAAGUUCCCAUCUCAGUUCUCAUCAAAGAAUUCAUACAGGGGAGAAACCCUAUCAGUGCUUCGAAUGUGGAAAGAGCUUUAGUCAAAGUGCACAUCUCACUUCCCAUCAAAGAAUUCAUACAGGGGAGAAACCUUAUAAUUGCACAGAAUGUGCAAAAAGCUUCAGCCAGAAGGGUAGUCUCACUUCACAUCAAAGGAUUCAUACAGGGGAGAAAACAUAUCAGUGUUUGGAAUGUGGAAAGAGCUUCCGGACGGAGAUUAAGCUCACAAGCCAUCAAAGAAUUCAUAGAGGGGAGAAACCUUUUCAAUGCCAUGAGUGUGGAAAGAGCUUUCGUAUCCGGCUGAGUCUCACAUUCCAUCAAAGAAUUCAUACAGGGGAGAAACCCUAUCAGUGCUUAGAAUGUGGAAAGAGCUUUAGUCAAAGUGCACAUCUCACUUCCCAUCAAAGAAUUCAUACAGGGGAGAAACCCUAUCAGUGCUUCGAAUGUGGAAAGAGCUUCAGUCUCAGCCAUAGUCUCACUUCCCAUCAAAGAAGUCAUACAGGGGAGAAACCCUAUCAGUGCUUCAAAUGUGGAAAGAGCUUCAGUCUUAGCAGUAGUCUCACUUCCCAUCUUAGAAUUCAUACAGGGGAGAAACCUUUUCAAUGCCACGAGUGUGAAAAGAGCUUUUCUCACAGUUCCAGUCUCACUUCCCAUCAAAGAAUUCAUACAGGGCAGAAACCCUAUCAGUGCUUGGAAUGUGGGAUGAGGUUCAAUCGGAAGGAUAGUCUCACUUCCCAUCAAAGAAUUCAUACAGGGGAGAAACCUUUUCAAUGCCACGAGUGUGAAAAGAGCUUUUCUCAGAGUUCCAAUCUCACUUCCCAUCAAAGAAUUCAUACAGGGCAGAAACCCUAUCAGUGCUUGGAAUGUGGAAAGAGCUUUCGUCAGAGAGGUGAUCUCACUUCCCAUCAAAGAAUUCAUACAGGGGAGAAACCCUUUCAAUGCCUGGAAUGUGGGAAAAGCUUCAGUCUCAGUCACAGUCUCACUUCACAUCAAAGAAUUCAUACAGGGGAGAAACCAUAUCCAUGCCUGGAAUGUGGGAAGAGCUUCAGUCACACGAACCAUCUCAUUUCCCAUCAAAGAAUUCAUACAGGGGAGAAACCCUUUCAAUGCCUGGAAUGUGGGAAAAGCUUCAGUCUCAGUCACAGUCUCACUUCACAUCAAAGAAUUCAUACAGGGGAGAAACCAUAUCAGUGCUUGGAAUGUGGAAAGAGCUUCAGCCGGAAGGAAAAUGUCACUUCCCAUCAAAGAAUUCAUACAGGGAAGAAACCCUAUCAGUGCUUGGACUGUGGAAAGAGUUUCAAUCGGAAGGAUGGUCUCACUUCCCAUCAAAGAAUUCAUGCAGAGGGAAGACCAAGAAAGAAAAGUAAUAAAGCAAAAAUUAUUAAACAGCCCGUACCAAACACAGUUGAACGGGAAAGAGAAAGGGACGGGGGAGAAUAACUAAAAAUACCUUUUAUCACAUUUGUAUCAUAUAACAAUAGAAUGGGAAACACCAAAGAUCUGUUCAAGAAAAUUGGAGAUAGGAUAGGAACAUUUCGGGCAAAAAUUACCAUAAUAAAGGACAAAAGUGGUCAGGAGUUACAGUGAGGGGGGGGUGAGUAUUUGAUCCCCUGCUAAAUUUGCCUGUUUGCCCUCUGACAAAGAAAUAAGCCAUCCUUAAUUUUAAUGGUAUGUUUAUUUGUAGCUGUGAGAGACAGAAUAGCAACAAGAAAACCCCCAGAAACCCAGAAGACAAAAGUCAGAGAUUGAUGUGCUGUGCAUUAUAAUGAGUGAAAUAAGUAUUUGAUCCCUUUGCAAAAGAUGACUUAGUACAUGGUGGCAAAACACUUGUUGGCAAUUACAGAGGUCAGACGUUUCUUGUAGGUGGCCACCAGGUUUGCACACAUCUCAGGAGGUAUUUUGUCCCACUCCUCUUUGCAGAUCCUCUCCAACUCAGUAAGAUUUCAAGGCUGAUGUGUAGCUACUCGAACCUUCAGCUCCCUUCACAGAUUUUUGAUGGGAUUAAGGUCUGGAGACUGGCUAGGCCACUCCAGGACCUUAAUGUGCUUCUUCUUGAGCCAUUCCUUUGUUGCCUUGGCCAUGUGUUUUGGGUCAUUUUCAUGCUGGAAUACCUAUCCUCGACCCAUUUUCAAUGCCCUGGUAAGAUUGAUUGCUUCUGUCGACAGGUGUCUUUUGCACAGGUACUGCAACGACCUGGGAUUACAGGUAAGACUUCUCCCUUACACCAGGUGCUUCUAAUCUCUGUUUAUUACAUACAGUGAAGAUACCAGGUAGAUUUGACAUCUGGCUGGUUGAUAGGGGAUCAAGUACUUAUUUCACUCAUUAUAAUGCACAUCAAUCUCUGACUUUUGUCUUCUGGGUUUCUGGGGAUUUUCCUGUUAUUCUGUCUCUCACAGCUACAAUAAACCUACCGUUAAAAUUAUGGACUGGUCAUUUCUUCGUCAGAGGGCAGCGAUGGAUAAUUUUGGGAAUAUAUGCUCCCAAUGAGAGGACAUCUGAACUUCAUAAAGGGGAUAUAAACUUUAUAGGGGAUAUAAUGUUAAUGGGAGAUCUAAAUGGGGCCGUUUCAUUAGGUUAGGCAGGAUAAUAUAGAAAUUGGACACAAAAGGAGGGGGAAAUGCCUAAUUCCUUUUUGUACAUGACAACAAAUUAGUGGACUUAUGGAGACAAACAUCCAUUAGACAAGGAAUAUACAUUUUAUUAUAAUGCUUAAAACUCAACAAGUAGAAGAGAUGCGGUGUGGGCAACAAAAGAACUGGCUCUUUUGUUGGAAAGUGGAAAUACAACUGAGAACAAUCUAAGACCACUAUUCAGUAUUAGUUAUAUGUCAAAGGGAACAAUUAACACAGAGAAGAUGGAGACUAAAUGACGCUUCCGGGUGGGGGCUAAGCUCACUAGCCAUCAAAGAAUUCAUACAGGGGAGAAAUCUUUUCAAUGCCAUGAGUGUGGAAAGAGCUUUUGUCACAGUUCCACUCACUUCCCAUCUAAGAACUCAUACAGGUCAGAAACCGUAACACUGCUUUGAAUGUAUUUUCCAGUAUUUUCCGGUUUCUGUCCUCAAGACUUUAGCCAUGACAUUUUACCCCUCUGCCAGAAGAGCAUCUUUAGCUCCCUAGUUUCUGUGGCAACACUUUUUGGGAUGUGGUUCUUUGCAGGCACAAUUGUAUUCAAUAAAGGCCUAUCUUUCCACUUGGA